UUCCAGAGGCAAAUGCAGAAACUGAUAGAGAAGUACAACCAGCCUUUCGAGGACACCCCGCUGGUGCAGAUGUCCACGCUGACCUACGAGACGCCCCAGGGACUGAGAAUAUGGGGGGGAAGACUAGUAAAGAAGAGACUCAGAGGGCGGAUCCAGGACUCUCCUGUGAAGCCGGUGACCAGAGCAGGUGGCUCCACGCACGCUGCAGCCCAAGGACAUGAGCUUCCUCCGCGCCACACGCAAGUCCCAGGAGCCCAAUCCAGCAGGGACAUCGGCGUCGCAAUCUACCAGGAGGAUCCGGUUGCUGGGGUCUUAGCACCUGCAGUGCCUCAAAGUCCUUUGGAAAAUGAAUUAAGAAGGAAGUACUUAACCCAGGUGGAUGUGCUGCUGCAGGACAGACCAUGUCCUCAGCAUGAGGAAGACGGAGAGGACACGUGCCUGUCCCUGGACCCUUUGUUGGCUUCACCCGCCACACCUGCCCCCGAAUACUGCUGCAUUGUCUCUGGGAACAAUGGUUUUGAUCGCCCAACAAAGCCAGCCUCACCGCCCAGAGAAUGGGAUCCUCCACAUCCUUGCUCGACAGACAUGGCCAUGUUACCUACAGAUGACAGCUUCUCGUUACAAGGGACCAGUACUAGCAGCUUCUUCAGCAGCCAGUGCUGUGAGACCGAAGACAUUUGCAACGUGACGAUCAGCGACUUGUACGAGGGGAUGCUGCACUCCAUGAGCCGGCUGCUGAGCUUGAAGCCAGCGGGCAUCAUCUCCACCAAGACGUCCAUCCGGACCUGGAAGCCCAGGAGGAGGCUCAGGUGCAAGAGCAGGAUGGACAGGACGUACUGCAAGGACAGCAGGCGUCCUCACAGGAGUUCCAGGGAGACACUCCUCCACUGGAAGUGUACUGAGUCUGGGGCAGAGAUGGGAGCGUCAGGAGAUUGCAAGAACUUGCAGGGUGUCUCUUGCCAUAUGAUAUUAGCCAAAGCUCUUCCUGAAGCCCACAAACCCCAAACCCCUAAGUUAGAUUCAAGUGGGAGGGAGCUUCAGGUGAUGCCCAGGAAGUAUUCUUCAUCAGCUUAUUUAGGCUCCAACACAAUAAUGCAAAAUCUUGACUGGGAAAAUGGACUGCGGUCGUUAAAAUGGUUAAUUUCGCCUGUAAAGAUUGUCUCCAGACCAGGAAUACUACAGAGCCAUCCAGAGAGUCGUUACAGGGAAAUCAGACUCAGAUUUGAUAAACUUCAUCAGGAAUAUUGCCUAAGUCCCAAGAAACGGCCCCAUCCGGCUGGCCUGGACUCCUGGGCCCUGGAUUUGUACAAAGGUGGUCCUGCGGGCCCGACUGGCCCCCGGAGCUCUAAAACUUGCAGGCUGAGUUUACCUUUCAGUAACGCAAAGGCAGAAAGGCUAAAUGAGACUUGUGAAAAUCUGGGCACACAACCUCUCGAGGUGGGUAGAUGGCUGCCAGGGGGCGUGUCGUCUUCAUCACUUUCAAAGACUGACUCCACUCAGAGCCCAGGGUGCUCUCAGCAGACAGCUGACGUUUUUCAAGGAGACAGUUCUGGAAUAAUUAGAAAAUCAGGAUCGCCCAGAGCUAUUCCAGCACCAGGGAUAGAACCUCUAGUCUGUGGAAGGAAUCGUUAUGAUGAAAUUAAAGAAAAAUUUGACAAGCUUCAUCAAAAGUAUUGCCAGAAAUCGCCUCAGCGCACGAAGGCGCCCGUGUGCAGCCCAGUGUCUCCUGGUGAGGCAAGUGCAGAGGGUCGGCGUCAGACAGAAGCUUCCUCAGGAAGAGUUGCUCCAGGCUCUCGCUCCCAGGGUUUGCAGAAGGCACCACUGUCACCCCAGUGGCUCUUAAAAAGUCCAGCACGCCCUACUGCAGUAGGUGUUCAUCUGUUGCCGCACACUGCUUACGCCACCAGGAGGGACCAUCCAUCCCUUGCCAAAAGAUGCAGGCUAUCAGACCCCCAGGUGUGUGGGCUCCAGGUUGGAGCCUGGCAUUCCUCAGAUGGGAUGAGCAGAACCAGCCACAGACCAGGAUCGGAGGCCAGCCCUGCAGGGCCCGGCCCGGAGGAGCAGGAGAGAAAAGAAGAAUAUAUAUUUCAAGACUGAAGAGAGAAG